AUGAAAAAUGUGAUUAAAAUAAUUUUGUUUCUAUAUUUAUCGCAGUAUUACUCAUAUUCUACUCUUAUUUAUCGCAAAAUUGAAGGGAGAGGUGCCAGCGCAUAUCUUCAUCCAUCCUCAUCUUCGCUCUUUGCAGGUAGAAAAAAGCCAGGAAUUUGGAAGGAAAAGACACUUGAAAGGUCUAUAAUAUACAAACGCUACGAAAAUGAUACUUCUUUAAAGGGUUUAAACCCCAAAAAUGUUGAGUUACACCCAAAGGUUUUAGGUAAUGUGGAAAAAAAGAUAACACCUGAGCAAGAAGAAAACCUUGUAAAUAAAGGGUUUAUAGAUGGUGACAGAAAUACAUGGAGAAAUUGGCAUGUUAUGACCCAGGGUCAAUGGGAAGAUAUCGGAUCACCAGUUCUACCACAAAGUGACUCUAAUAUAAGCAUAACGGAGCCAUAUGCCUUAAGGAAACCACUAAAAUACUGGGGAUUUAUGAGAGGAGUGGAUUCCAACAUCAAAUCAUAUCCACGUUACUGGGAAUAUUACAAUGAAAUUUAUGGAAAAAUAGAUGUUGGAAAAUAUGGUGGUAAUCAUCCACUAUUUACACAUACUUUGUUUCAACCUAGAUGGACUAUAGAAAGAGAUAAGGGAGGUUUGGGAUAUGAUGAUGUUAGAUCUUUCGAGGGAUGGAUAGGAAUGUCCCCAGAAACCGCUACCAGGGUUAAGACUGCCAGCGAUAUCAUUAAAAUCCCAGACACUGGAAGAUUAUAUCAAAAGUUUUACCUAGGACCAUAUCCAGUAACUAUGGGCUGGACUAUAGGAUCCCUUUUAAAAGUAAUAACACAAUCUAGAUGUCCUGGACAUUCAAUAGUAGCUAUUAAAAUACAUAACAUGAAUGAAGAUACCACAGUUCCUGGAGUAGCUGAUGACCUUCUAAACAUAGCUCUGAAUUUAAAAGGGGUAGCAUUAGAAACCAUUGAACCUGGAAAAGAAGCCAGAAUUCGCACCAAAGUUAAAGGACCAUCACUUCUUUGUGCAGGUGGCUUACAGUGGCCUUCCUUUGUAAGGUUGGCAUCUCCAGAAACAUAUAUUACUAAAAUUGAAGAAGGUGCAGAAUUAGACAUUGAGCUAAAAAUAGAAUGGGGAAGGGGGCUUUGGAUGGCAGAUAAUAAAGGCUUACUUAAACAUGAAGAAGGAUCCGAUUCAUUAUGCCUUAAAAGGAGGAAUAUAAAGGAGGUAGAUGAAGAAGGAUUCUAUCCAAAUAGCGCGGUUUUUGGAGGUUGUAGAAUGAUUAGACUGGCUGUUCAUAAGUUAAUGGGUAAACGAUGGUGCUUGAAAACCCACACUUGUCCAGACCCUAUGGAUCAACUGGUCGUAGAAAUUUGGACGGAUGUCUCUACUACCCCAAAGGCCGUCUUAGAAUUUGGCUUGAUGGAAACUAUUGCAUGGCUUGUAGAAAUGAAGAGACAAAUUUCGCAAGACACCAAUUUUGACCGCGAAGAUGAAGAGCUAAAGGAUAUAUGGGAAAAAAUUGACAAAUAUGAUUCUAUAAAGUACAGACAAAAAUUGAUGGGAGGUCCUCCAGUCGUUUCAUUACAUGAAGCUAACAUCAUACCAGGACUAAAGGAAAGUGAUUGUGACUAUUUAGAGGAUCAAGAACCUCAUAAACCGCCGCAUGCACCGUUUGCAUUGCCAAAGAUCCCCCCCCAGCCACCAGACCAAGACACACUAGAAUGGCUGGCAAGAGAAUUACAAGAUGAAGAAUACACUGAUCCAACGCAAAUAAACGCAAAAAAUUUUGAAAAAUUUAUAUCUGAAUACGGCGACACGUUCGAGAACAAAGAUAUUAAUGUUAUACCCGUUGAUAAAGAGGUUAUAGAAUCCCUUAGGAUGUGCGGUCUGAACAGAGUAGGAGAAAUAAUGAACUUGACAUAUCAUGAACUCUCUAACUUUCCUGGUUUAAAUAUGGAUAUAGCGAAACAAAUAAAGGAGUACUUGGACAAAAAUAAAUAA